AUGUACUCUGCCCGUGGCCUCUCUGCUGCCCGUGUGGCAUCCAAAAGUACUCGUGGUCCUCGGUCGGGCCGCUGGCUCUCGAGCUCCUCGGCCCUGCGCACCCAGGAGCCAAGCGCUAACAACGCCCGGCCCUACAAGGACAAGUCCACCAUCGAUCUCAUCAACUCGAUGAUGGUCUUCCGCCUCUGCACCGUGCCCAAGAUUGCCGAGAUCUCGGCGCCCAUCCUCGAUACGGCCCAGAAGGCCAAUGUCCACGCUCCCAUCUACUGGGGCAUCAAGAACACCUUCUUCAAGCACUUUUGCGGCGGCGAGAACAUCGAGGAGGUUCUCCCGACCAUGGAAAAGUUCAAGAAGAACGGCAUCGGAAGCAUUCUCGAUCUCGCCAUGGAGGCCGACGAGAAUGCUCCUGAGCUCGUUGGUGCCGAGGCCAAGGCCUUCACCGCCCAUGUCGCGCAGAUGAUGAAGGAGAGCAUCGACAUUGCCAAGAUGCAGCCUGACUCGUUUAUCGCUGCCAAGAUCACGGCUCUUGUGCCGCCCGCCGUUUUGCAGCGAUGGUCCAACUCGAUCCGCGCUCUGCGCACCGUCUUUGAUGCCUGCGAUGCCGACAAGGACGGCCAGCUCAAUGCCGCCGAGCUGGCUGCCUUCUUGCAGCGCUUCCCGUCGCUGAGCGCUGCCAGCUUCCCGCUGGCUGCCCGGACGGGUCGCCCAGUCGACUGGAUCGAUGUCACCGAUACAUUCACCAUCACCAACGCCGCCACCCGCACCGCUCUCUUGGGUCUCGAGCCCCUCAACUCCCACAAGGACUUUAGACUCGCCACCGAACAGGACUUUGCCACCUCCGACCUGGUCGUUACCGAGAUCGACAGCAUGUUUGAACAUGCCCGCCAAACCGGUGUCCGUAUCUUUGUCGAUGCCGAGCAGACCUAUUUCCAGCCGGCCAUCGACGACUAUGCCCUCUACCUGUCCAAAAAAUUCAACCCGCGCCGCAGCCUCAACGGCCCCGCCUUCCCGAUCGUCUACAACACCUAUCAGUGCUAUCUCAAGGACACGUACUCGCGCCUCAGCGCCGACAUGAUCCGCUCCGAGCGCGGCGACUACAGCUUUGCCUGCAAGAUCGUCCGUGGUGCCUACAUGGUCUCGGAGCGUGAGCGUGCCAAAGAAUUCUCGUACGAGGACCCCAUCAACCCCAACAUCGAGGCCACUCACCAGGUCUACAACAGCGCCAUCGAGUUCCUGAUCAGCAAGAUCCAGUCGACGGCCGCGCCCGAGGGCAACAUCCCCGUUGCCUUUGUCGUUGCCAGCCACAACAAGGGCUCCGUUGCGAUCACCCGCAAGCUCAUGGACGAGUACAAAAUCGAGCGCAAGGAGAACCGUGUCGGCUUUGCCCAGCUCAUGGGCAUGAACGAUAGCACGACCUACGGACUCGCUGGUGACGGAUACAAGGUGUACAAGUACGUUCCCUAUGGACCGGUUUCUGUCACCAUCCCAUACCUCCUGCGUCGUGCUCAAGAGAACUCGUCCCUCCUUGGAGGCGUUGCAGAGGACCGCAAGACCCUCUCUGACGAGCUUGUCCGCCGCCUGACCCUCAAGUAA